AACAGUAGGCGGUGGAUGGGAGAGCUGGCGCAGCUGCCGUGGUGGCAGCGGCUGAAGUGGCGGUGGCUGCGGCGGCUGCUGCAGCUGCAACAGCUCCGGGCUCGUGGCUUUGGCGGCGGCGCCGGAGGGCUGGGCUGCGCGGUGCGGAUCCCGGCGCGCGGUCCGGGUUGCUGGGGCGGCGCAUAAGAUGCCACUGAUGGAGAAGUUUCUGAGAAGAACCUCUGGGCCAGUGGCUUUGAACUGGAGCUCAAAGCAGAGACUAUUUAAAGCUCUGGACAUCACAUCCUGAGGGCUGUAGGAGAGGAGAACAUGGCCGUGAGUUUAGAUGACGACGUUCCCCUCAUCCUGACCUUGGAUGAAGGUGGCAGCACCCCACUGGUUCCCUCCAACGGCCUGGGCCAAGAGGAUCUGCCCAGCAGAAAUGGAGGCAAAUAUGCCGUCCACGACUCCUGCACCCCCAGUCUGAGCUCAGGGGGCGAGAGUUCCCCCUCCAGCCUCACCGGACACAACUGGGAGAUGAAUUAUCAAGAGGCAGCAAUCUACCUCCAGGAAGGUGAGAAUAAUGACAAGUUCUUCACCCACCCCAAGAAUGCCAAAGCGCUGGCGGCCUACCUCUUUGCUCAUAACCACUUCUUCUACCUGAUGGAGCUGUCCGCAGCCCUGCUCCUGCUGCUGCUCUCCCUGUGCGAGGCUCCGGCCGUGCCCGCGCUCCGGCUGGGCAUUUACGUCCACGCGACCCUGGAGCUGUUUGCCCUGAUGGUGGUCGUGUUUGAACUCUGCAUGAAGUUGCGGUGGCUGGGCCUUCACACCUUCAUCCGGCACAGACGGACCAUGGUCAAGACCUCUGUGCUGGUGGUGCAGUUCGUUGAGGCCAUCGUGGUGUUGGUACGGCAGACGUCCCACGUGCGGGUGACCCGGGCGCUGCGCUGCAUCUUCCUGGUGGACUGUCGGUACUGCGGUGGCGUCCGGCGCAACCUGCGCCAGAUUUUCCAGUCCCUGCCGCCCUUCAUGGACAUCCUCUCGCUGCUCCUCUUCUUCAUGAUCAUUUUCGCCAUCCUUGGUUUCUACUUGUUCUCCCCUAAUCCUUCAGACCCCUACUUCAGCACCCUGGAGAACAGCAUUGUCAGUCUGUUUGUCCUUCUGACCACCGCCAAUUUCCCAGAUGUGAUGAUGCCCUCCUACUCCCGGAACCCCUGGUCCUGCGUCUUCUUCAUCGUGUACCUCUCCAUCGAGCUGUACUUCAUCAUGAACCUGCUUCUGGCCGUGGUAUUUGACACCUUCAAUGACAUCGAGAAACACAAGUUCAAGUCUUUGCUGCUACACAAGCGAACUGCCAUCCAGCACGCCUACCGCCUGCUCAUCAGCCAACGGGGGCCUGCCGGCAUCUCCUACAGGCAGUUUGAAGGCCUGAUGCGCUUCUACAAGCCCCGGAUGAGCGCCGGGGAGCGCUAUCUCACGUUCAAGGCCCUGAAUCAGAGCAACUCGCCUCUGCUCAGCCUGAAGGACUUUCAAGACAUCUACGAAGUUGCCGCCUUGAAGUGGAAGGCAAAGAGAAAUAGAGAGCACUGGUUUGAUGAGCUUCCCAGGACAGCAUUCCUCAUCUUCAAAGGAAUUAAUAUCCUUGUGAAGUCCAAGGCCUUCCAGUAUUUCAUGUACUUGGUGGUGGCAGUCAACGGGGUCUGGAUCCUUGUGGAGACCUUCAUGCUGAAAGGUGGGAACUUCUUCUCCAAGCAUGUGCCCUGGAGUUACCUCGUCUUUCUGACUAUUUACGGGGUGGAGCUGUUCCUGAAAGUAGCCGGCCUCGGCCCCGUCGAGUAUUUGUCCUCCGGAUGGAAUCUGUUUGACUUCUCCGUCACAGCGUUUGCCUUCCUGGGACUGCUGGCUCUGGCCUUCAACAUGGAGCCCUUUUAUUUCAUAGUGGUCCUGCGUCCCCUCCAGCUGCUGAGGUUGUUUAAACUGAAGAAGCGUUACCGCAACGUGCUGGACACCAUGUUUGAACUGCUGCCCCGGAUGGCCAGCCUGGGCCUCACCCUGCUCAUCUUUUACUACUCCUUCGCCAUCGUGGGCAUGGAAUUCUUCUGUGGAAUCCUCUACCCCAACUGCUGCAAUACGAGCACAGUGGCAGACGCCUACCGCUGGCUCAAUCACACCGUGGACAACAGGACCGUGGUGGAGGAAGGCUACUACUAUCUCAAUAAUUUUGACAACAUCCUGAACAGUUUUGUGACCUUGUUUGAGCUCACAGUUGUCAACAACUGGUACAUCAUCAUGGAAGGCGUCACCUCGCAGACCUCCCACUGGAGCCGCCUCUACUUCAUGACCUUCUACAUCGUGACCAUGGUGGUGAUGACUAUCAUCGUCGCCUUCAUCCUCGAAGCCUUCGUCUUCCGAAUGAACUACAGCCGCAAGAACCGGGACUCGGAAGUUGAUGGCGGUAUCACCCUUGAGAAGGAAAUCUCCAAAGAUGAGCUGAUUGCUGUCCUGAAGCUCUACCGGGAGGCAUGGGGAGCCGCCUCGGACAUCGCCCAGCUGCUCAAGAUCCUCUCCCAGAUGGAGAGAUACGAGCAAAAUACCUUGGUGUUUCUGGGACGGAGAUCGAGGACCAAAAGCGAUCUGAGCCUAAAGAUGUACCAAGAGGAGAUUCAGGAGUGGUAUGCGGAGCACGCCCGGAAGCAGGAGGAGCAGCAACGGCAGCUCAGCGGCUGCGUGGUCCCCACCGCCCAGCAGCCUCCGGGCGGCCGCCAGCGCUCCCAGACCAUCACCUAAGCCCAGCCUGCGAAAGCCAGCUCUUCUAUGCAAUAACACAAUAGUAUUAUUUUACUGCAAUGUAUCAGAAUAAUGUGUGUGUAUAUAUAUGUUUUAUAUAUAUACACACGUUCAUAAAUAUGCACAUAUUUAUAUAUAGGAAGAAGAAAAGACAGGCAGACAAGAUGAGGUUUGGUUUGUACCCACCUUGCCCUGUUAACCCCAGAAGUCAAUUUCAUUUUUGGGGGAUCAGGCCACUAGGAGCUUUUCUUAACAUGGAAAGCUCCAGAAGGCCCCUUCACAAGAGCACUUGAAUGGAUUCUGCCGAUCUCUGCAGGGCUUGCCUUCAACGUGGGCCAGUGUCCCUAGGCCAGAUCCACACCGUCUUCCUGAUGCUGCUUUCAGAAUCCCACCCAGGCUGACAAGCUAGCUUCCCCACUAACCUGCCCUGCAGCCCACAUCCUGGGGUUUCUGUGUUCUGCUUUAGGGACAAAACCACUUAGGAAGGAAAGAACCCACAUCCUCGGGUUGGUAUGUCUCUAGAUAUGAUAAUGAAAUUGGGCGUUCCCUUACAGCACCCAGCGCCUACUGGAACGAGUGAUCCAGGGCUGUGGUUAUUCCAUAUGGUCAGAUCUCAGCCAGUGCCAGGAGGCGAGAGAGGCCGUAUCCUGGCUCCGUGAGCCUUCUCACCUACCCUUCUUUUGGUUUCAACCGUUGUUGCUGAAAAUCCUUCUAAAAUGGCCUUUGGAAUCACAGCCCAGUAGGAGGAGGAAGACAGGCAAGAGGCCAGGCCGAUGGCUACCACCCCAGACCAGGUCCUGAAAUGGGCUUUCUCCUUAAAUCCCUUUUCCUUGGGAUCGUCCUGUUCAAGCAAAAAGACAUUUUGGUUAAUUCAGGAUUCUGCUAAAGACAACAGCAGAUCCUUCACGUGUGUGCAUUCGCUGGAAACGGGAACAGAGAGCACAGAGGCUCACCUCAGGCUGUGCACGGCUGCCUUGCGGCUCAACCCGCUGGUCUCCUUGGCCAGCUCGCUCCUUACCUUGAGCAGUCGCCCUCCGUGGACUUGACUGAGGUAGGGUUGGGGACGCGGCUCACCCCAAGGUUUCCAUUCCCGGGAGUAGGUUCAGGUGGCCUGUCAGUUUCCUGAGUUCCCCAGGGACCUUGGGAGAGUUCUCUGAGAUCAGGAUGCAGUCGGGGCGUGAACCCAUAGCGGGCUGUUGGCGGUGGCAGCUCCGGUGAGCAGCGGUGGCAGCGGCAGAAGCGGGGUCAGAGCAGAGGGAGCCUCGGCUCAGCUCUCCUGCGCUGUGAGCCUAUCUCAGUGCAGGCGGCAGAAGCAGGGAUGAAAGGGGCCGGGGGGGGCAGGGGAAGUGGCCCGCACUGGGCAUCCUGCCCCAACCACCGCUUUCCAGCUGCCUCCACUGCCUCCGUGACUUAGGGAGGCGGGUGGGCAAACUCCCCCUCGCCACAUCCUCUUCCCAGCCGGGCAGGGCCUGAUCCCGGGGUGCGGUGCCCCGUCUCCACGGCCAAGUCUUCUCGACUGCGGCCUUGGACGGGCUGGUCCCACGGCCAGCACCACACAGCUCUGCCCCUCACUAGGGGAGAAGUGGUGGAUGUUUCUGUUUUUAAAGCAUAGCCCUUUAGGGAAACAACGAAUCACUGAGAACCACUGAGAUUCCCCAAGGGAAUCGGGAGACGGACAUUGUCCUCUUUCUCUCUGGAGGGCCACAGGCCAUCGGAGGCAGCUCAGCACCAAGCCCCAGGCCAGAACCCCUUCCCCUCUCCAGCGAAGGAACUUUGUUUGCACAUUUGGGUGCCUUUUAGCUUUUGUGUAUUGAAAUGGGCAUUCUGGAAGCAGGAGUCAAGGGGCAGCUUUCAGAGGAGGGCGUGAGUCCUCCGACCUCGGCAUCUGCCCCCAGGAGGCUGAAACCUGGGAGGGGCGCCAGGGAAACUGAGCGCAGCCCCCCAGCCCCCAGGGUGAAGGCUGGUACCAGGAAGAGUGGGAUCUAGUCCAGGCCUCCCAACCCCAUCCUGUGAAAGGCCCUGGUUUUAGCCAGGGACGGGAUGAAGGCUAAGGGGCACCAGUGCUGAUGCACCGGACUCCAGCCGCUGGUGGGCGCCUUCAUGGCUGAGGCUCAGGACAGCUGCCCCCUCGGGGUCACUGGGGGCCUCCUCAAGUUGACCCUCCAGCUUGCACACAGGCUAUCAAGCAGGGAGCGGGUGUCGCCCAGGGCUGUGAGCUCUGGGGACCCAGGACACCCAGCUUGGAUGCCCUCUCACCUCCCACGUCUGCUGAACACCACCAAGGUGAGAUGCGCCGACUGGGUCCGGGUCACGCCACCUGUCAGUGUCUGUGAUGGCCCUGUGCCCCUGCCCCGCUUUGGGGGGGCACACCAUCUGGCCCCUCCUCCUUGCUUCCCUCCCCCAACCCAGCCUUACUCCACACCACGUGACAAUCAUUUUGUACAGACAGAGGGAGCGACGCUGUAAGGUUUUUGUACAAUGGCGAUUUGUUACCUAGGAAACCCACCGCGUCUCCGGAUUUCUGCCAUAUUAAUAAAAGAGCCUCUGCUUUGUACACGUGGCUGCUGCCUCGUGACUUCCACCAGGCACCAUUCGGUGGCUUCUGAGAUCGUGGGGAACAGGGAGAGGACCCAUCCCUGCCCGUUCCUGACCCUACCUCAGCCCCAGCCCUAGACAUGCCACAAAGUCCAGAUCCGUCAGGCCCAAGAGCCUUCGGCCCUGGAGCCGACCACUUGUCAACCUGGCCCA